AUGCUUAACAUUCAGCUUCCAGAGCAUCCGACCCUUAAAAGUGACAGUGGUUCUCCCUCGUCGCCUUCACAUGCUCCACAAACGGAUGAAGAUCGAAAUUUAGCUGCGUUCCUCGAGAUUGGAUCACCUUACGGGUUUAAACACGACAUGCACAUCCAUUACAAUUUCCAGGAAGCUAGAUUCGAGGGUAUCCCCGAUAAUUUUGCAGACUUUUUAGUUAAUCGAACGUCGGAGCGGAAUCGUGCAGAUACUUCGAUCUGUGCAUUAGAUACCGCUGUAUCUCUAGAUUCCAAGACUAUAUAUGUCGCCAAACGGACACGUACGAGCUCAGCUUUUUCGGGAAGUUUCAGCUUGUCCAGCAUGAUUGGAAAUCUAGACCCCGUCAGUACCCUCGAUCCUUUGCGGAUACUGAACCAGCAUUUUAAGCUGCCAUUCCGACAGGUUCCACGCAUUGUCGUCCCGGGUUACGACGAGCGAAUACCAGCCGUACUAGUCAUGCUGCAGCAACACUUUGUAGCGAAACAGGGCUAUCUGACCCCUCAUAUAUUUCGCGAAUCACCCAGUAAGGCUGAACGCGACCAAGCCAUGAUCGACAUCAACUGCGGCGCCUUUCGAGGGGCCAAGCACGACGUUCGAGUAUUGGCUGAUUUGAUUAAGCUUUGGUUCCGGGAACUUCCGCUGCCUGUUCUGCACGAAAUUCCUGCAGGUGAGAUGGAACGUCUUGCGUCGGCUGAAAACGUCUACUUGGAAGUACUGAGUCUUUUGGGAAGAUCGGAGCGCAGCAUUGUACUCUGGCUAGCUGAUUUGCUGUCCUACGUGGCCGAGUACCAACCACAUAACCACAUGGGCGUGGACCAGCUCGCCGUCGUCAUUGCGCCAAAUCUUGUUCGACUCGAGACUGAGAACCCAAUGGUGGCCGUUGCCGUCUCUAAAGCCGUCGUUGAGCUUUUCCGAGGAGUACUACGAACACGAUUUCAGCGCUGUCAAGAGUUGAAAACCUCUGGACCUGUCAAGAAUAACGACCAAGACGAAUUGGUUCAAGGGUAG